GAGGGACUAAAAAAUCCACGAGGCAGAGACCAGUUGGUGCCAGAGUUAAGAAAAAGUUUAUUUCAGAGUCAGGGACCAAUUGGUCCUAGAGUUAGGGACAAGAUGGUCCCAGAAUUAAGAAUUAGGAGGGAUGAAAAAGUCCACAAAUCAGGGACUAGUUGGUGCCAAAGCCAGAGACCUGUUAGUCUCGGUGUCAAGGACAAGCUGGUCCAAGAAUCAGAAGGGACUAGUAAGUCCUCAAGUCCGGGACUAUUGGGUCCCAGAGUCAGAAAAAAGUUGAAUUCAGAGUUGGAGACCUGUUGGUCCCAGAGUCAGGGACCAGAUAAUCCUGGAAUUGGGAGAAUAAGUAGGGGAAAUUAG